ACCAGUAAAUUAGGGUAUUAUUACCAUUAUUCAAAUCAGCUCUUAAUUAGCCAGACCAAAAUGCAUGGUUGGGUCAAGGGAAGGGGGUGUUUUUCCCAUGCGGACCACCUCUCAAGGAACGGCCCAGCCCGGGGAGGCGUGGCUACGCAAUGUUACGCAAGGAGCGCCGACAACGUGACCAGUGACAAACCUCGGAAACAUGUCGUCAUCCGCAGGAAACACUUGAAAGACGGCGUACGGCUCGCCUUCUUUUCAUGCCUGACAGGAGGUCACCGUCGCCGUCGCGGAGUCCCAACUAAUUUGUCUCGACGGACGCCGAGAGGUUAGGAAGCGGAACGAUGUGAAAGACGACCGCGCCGACUAUGUGCUCUAACGAAAACAACGCGGCCGAGCCCCAACCGACGUCCUCCUCCGACCCGGCGCUUAUUCUGGAGCUCAAGACCCGACGGCCGCCGUCGUUGGAGGGCCGUCCUGGCUGCGAGACGUGGAGCGUGGACUUCUCCCCCGACGGAGCCUGGUUCGCCUGGUCCAUGGGGCACGGCAUCGUAUGGGUGGUCGCCUGGCCCCUAGACGCGCAAGAAGGCCAGGAUGGUGAUGUGGAUCGAGGAGACAAGAGCUUCAGUUGCGGCCAUCCCGUUUGGGGUCUGGCCUUCGGGCCUCGUGCCCCCAAGUCGUCCGUGGCCGGCGCCAACAACUCGCUAUCGAAAGGCAACAAAAACUAUGAUGGCAACGCUCUACUUCUGGCCACCGGCUUGGAAAACGGCACCAUCAAAAUCUGGAACGUUUUCACUGGCGUGGCCACGUUGGAGCUUCACGGCCACGAGGGCGUGGUGCGCAACUUGCUCUUCCUUCCCAACGGCACCCUGACGCUCGUGUCGUCUUCCCGCGACAAGACGCUGCGCGUGUGGGACCUUGCGCUCAAAGGUAAGAAGGUUCAGGUGCUGUCGGGCCACAAAGACUGGAUCAGCUGCUGCUGCGUGUCAUCCGACUGCAGCAUGAUUGCCACCGUGGGGCGCUUUGACAGGAUGGUGUGCCUGUGGAGCCUUCGCUCGUACACGUUCAUCCGCAACCUGACGGGCGGCGCCCACAAGACGCUCUACCUGCUGUCGGCCUGCGAUUUCUCGCCCGACGGCGCGCUGCUCGCCACCGCCGCCUUCAGCGGGGGCAGCUGGUGGAUCGACCUGUGGGACCCGUACACGGCGCAGAAGCUGGCCACGCUCACGGACUACUUUGAGGACUACGGGCAAAACCAGAUCUCAUCCAUUCAGUUCUCUCCCAGCGGCGUGUACUUGGCCAUCGUGACGGACGACAGGUGAUUUGCAUUGGCACAGAGACGUCGGCGGGCUACACUGUCGGACAGAGUGUGGUUGUCAAGGUAAUGUGGACUUGACGGGGGCAUGUCGGCUUC